CAGCUAUAUAAACAAGCUGAAUAGCACACCGGCUUGAAGCCACCAUCACACAGUUAAGCGCCGCGCAGAGUGUUAAGCUAAGCAUGGCGUACAGGGUGCUGGAGGUGACCCUCCUGUCGGCCAGGGGCCUCAAGAGGGUGAACCUGAUCUCGCGCAUGGAGGUGUACGCCGUGGUGACCAUCUCCGGCGACCCGCUGACGCGGCAGUGCACCCAGCCGGACCCCUACGGCGGGCGCCACCCGUCGUGGAACACGUCGUUCCGGUUCAACGUCCCGCCCACCGCCGCGACGGCCACCGGCUGCCUGCACGUGCUCCUGAGCACCGAGCGCGCCCUGGGCGACCGCGACGUCGGCGAGGUCAUCGUGCCCCUCGCCGACAUCCUCACCGGCGGCGGCGCCGCGUGCGACCCCGGCCCCCGGCCGCCGCAGCUCGCGUCGUACCAUGUCCGCAAGGUGCACCGGUGCGAGCCGCGCGGGAUGCUCAACGUGUCGUACCGCCUGGGCCCCAUUGUCGCCCCGCAGGCGAGAGCCGACGAGGCGGCCGUCCCCUACGUCGGGUUCCCGGUGGCGCGGUCGCUCUACGCCCCGCCUUAUGCCUACCUUCCGGCGCCGGCGCCGCUGUCGCUUCCGCCGGCUCCUCAUCCGCAAGCUGCCGGCGGCCACGACGCCAUGGCCGUGCACCCACCUACACCGUCUGCGGGGGCGAUCAGCACGUACAACAACUUGCCGCCUGCCGCCUAUCCGCAAGCUGCCGCCGGGCAUGCAACGGCGGCGUUGCCGCCGACGAAGGGAAACGGCAGCGACAGGAUGGACUUCGGGGUGGGGCUUGGCGCCGGACUGGUGAGCGGCGCGAUCAGCGGGAUGCUGGCGGGCGACAUGAUGAUGUCCGAGGCGGCGGCCUACAACUACGGAUACCGCGCCGGGUUGGCCGACGGCGGAGCCGGGGCGGCGACUGUGUACAAGAAAAACUCUCACGUUCCCGGCAAAGUUGAAGCAAAUCGGACGGUGGUGUGAUUCAAACUGUGCGUGACGUGUUCGUUUGCACCCACCAGCACUUGUAUGUACACACACAUAUGUAUUAGAGACCUCCUGUAUGAUGGGCAUGUAGUAGUCACGUACUAAUAAGGACAGUAGUAAGUCCUGGUUCAACACGCACGGGGAUACAUGUAAA